UUAAUAGCUAUUUAAGGUUCCAACUCAACAGCUCCAAAUCCAAACCAAAUCCCUCCCAAGUUCAUCUGCCAUUGCCAUUAAUGGCUUCCUUUCACUUCAUUCUUUUCCUCCUCUUCUCUCUUUUUCUUUCUGCUUCAGCCAAUCUCCACAAGACCAAAUCCCUUUUUCAGAAGGCCUCAAAUGAUCUCUACGAUUCACAACUCCUCACUGCCUCCCUCAGUGACACCCCACCAACUACUUAUUUUGAAGUAACCAGGCCCAUUAAUCAUCCAAAAACCAGACCUUGUUCACAUCAUAUCCUCAGCUAUGACUUCGGCUACACAUUAGGGAGACCACCUGUCACUGCUAACUACACCCGUCCAACUCAUUGUUCUGCCCGGGAGUUCUCCUCCAUCUUCCUGGAAUUGAAGGCCACGAGCAAAGGAAGGCAGUUUGACCGCAUUUUCGGGGUUUGGUUAGGUGGGGUGGAGCUUUUAAGAAGUUGUACGGCUGAGCCAAGGGCUACUGGUAUUGAGUGGAGUGUUGAGAAAGAUAUCACUAGGUAUCAUUCAUUGCUUCUUAAGAACGAAACUCAAACUUUUGCUGUUUUCUUGGGUAAUGCUGUUGAUGAAACUCAGACUGGUGUAUAUCAUGUGGAUAUAACUAUGCAUUUUCAUCCUGCUGAAGAGGGUUCUCAUAGGAAUAAGCAUGUUUUGAAGGAUAAUUCCAAAUCUGGGUAUAGUCCUAUGGCUGAUUUGAUUUUGCCCAUUUCAAAAGAUUUCCCUGGGAAUAAUGGGUUGUGGUUCGAAAUUGAGAAUUCAAAUGAUGUUCAGGCGAAGGAAUUCAAGAUUCCUCAGUAUGUGUAUAGGGCUGUGCUGGAGGUGUAUGUUUCUUUUCAUGAGAAUGAUGAAUUUUGGUAUGCAAAUCUUCCGAAUGAUUACAUUGCUAUAAACCAUCUGACUGAUCAUUCUGGAAAUGGCCCUUUUAGGGAGGUUGUGGUGACUCUCGACGGUCAGGUAGUUGGUGCAGUUUGGCCUUUUACUGUUGUAUACACAGGAGGGAUUAAUCCUCUGUUUUGGAGGCCUAUUACCGGUAUUGGUUCAUUCAAUCUUCCUACAUAUGAUAUCGAAAUCACUCCAUUUUUGGGGAAUAUAUUGGAUGGAGAGACUCAUAGAAUUGGGUUUAGUGUUAGCAAUGCUUUGAAUGUAUGGUACAUAGAUGCUAAUUUGCAUCUUUGGUUGGAUAGCGACUCCAUGAAAACUGAGGGGAAGCUUUUGCAACUUGAGGCCGCACCUUUUAAUUUUAAUUACAUGUCAAGUCAUUCAGGGGUAGAUGGAUCAUUCUCAAUGGAUGUAAGCAGGGCAGUAUCCUCGACCGGAUGGGUUAAGUCAUCUUGGGGAACAAUUACAACUAGUUUUGUUCAAGACUUUAGUUUCAGUAACUCAAUGAUCAUGGGCAAAAGAGCUGAUUUGCAGAUGGUGAAUCAGACAAUCCAUUUUAAUGACAGGAUUUCGGCUAAUACAUUGUCCUCUAAUGUCCACUCGGCCGAGUCAUCUAAGAUGUUCUCCUUAUACAUCUACUCAGAUACUUCAGAUCAAGGGAAUGGAGUUUACUUGGCUGUUGCAAAUGUCAGUUUGGGAUUUCAUGAGAAGAAAUCUGAGAAGGCAGGCAAUGGAUUCUCCGGCAGCACUCUCAAUAGCUUGCAGAAUGGACAGGCGGUCAUGUUUGUGAAGGACCACUUGAUAAACAGUGGAGUGGGCAGCACACAGCAAUUGUACCAAUAUAGUAGUGGAAACUUCUGUUACUUUAGGAAUGUAAGCAGCUCAAACUACACCAUUCUUCAUGAUAAGGUUGGACACGAUUGCAAUCAAAGAAAUUUGUCUGAGUUCAGUUUUGGGUCGUCAAAACUACCACCUUCUUCCAGCUAGAAUGGCUCUUUCAUCAGUUUCUUCAUAGAGGUGCUCCUUUGCUUAGGUUUUCAGAGGGUUCUUAGAUAUAACUGCAACAAAUAAAAUUGUAGGGUGUUUUUUUAAUUUUUUGGUUAAGCGAGUGUAGGGUGUUAUAUUUUUAUUAUGAACAUAUCGGCUUUUUGAAUAGUUUUGUGUUGGCUUUUUCAA